AUGAUCAGGAGCACGGUUAAGAAGGACGCAGAGGCUGGGGCCUGGAGCCCAGCAUGGUCCGUGUCUGCUGGCGGGACGCAGAGGGCAGGACGCAGGGGCCCGGAGCCCAGCGUGGUCCGUGUCUUCGGGCUGCAUUUGGAAGAUUAUCUCAUGUCAUUUGAGCCAACGUUCCACAGCCGACUCCCCUCAUUCGGGUCGUGCCAGAUGGCGGCUGAGGCGCCGGGAAUCGGCAGCGCAGCGGCGUCCCGGGGAGAAGAUAAACAGCCCGUCCCCGACUCGAGACCUGUCGCCAGUCGGCGCCAGCCGCCUGAAUCGCCCAAGCAAGUGAAGCUGCAGAGUGGACUCCUGUUCUAUGGUGAGCUGGAACGACAGCUUUUGCAAGCCAACCCCAUCCUUGAGUCCUUUGGCAAUGCCAAAACGGUGAAGAAUGACAACUCAUCCCGAUUUGGCAAGUUCAUCAGGAUCAACUUUGACGUCACUGGUUACAUCGUGGGGGCCAACAUCGAGACCUACCUGCUGGAGAAGUCCCGAGCCAUCCGGCAGGCCAAAGAUGAGCGCACCUUCCACAUCUUCUACCAGCUCCUGGCUGGUGCUGGGGAGCACUUGAGGUCUGAUCUGCUCCUUGAAGGAUUUAACAACUACCGCUUCCUGUCCAACGGCAACAUCCCCAUUCCUGGGCAGCAGGACAAGGACAAUUUCCAGGAAACCAUGGAGGCCAUGCACAUCAUGAGCUUCUCUCACGAUGAGAUCUUGUCCAUGCUGAAGGUGGUCUCAUCAGUGCUGCAGUUUGGCAACAUCGUCUUCAAGAAAGAGAGGAACACCGAUCAGGCCUCCAUGCCUGAAAACACAGCCGCACAGAAGCUGUGUCACCUGCUGGGGAUGAAUGUGAUGGAGUUCACCCGCGCCAUCCUGUCCCCUCGCAUCAAGGUCGGCCGAGACUACGUCCAGAAAGCGCAGACCAAAGAGCAGGCGGACUUCGCUGUGGAGGCCCUAGCCAAGGCUACUUACGAGAGGCUGUUUCGCUGGCUGGUCCACCGCAUCAACAAGGCUCUGGACAGGACCAAGCGCCAGGGAGCCUCCUUCAUCGGCAUCCUGGACAUCGCCGGCUUUGAGAUCUUCCAGCUGAACUCCUUCGAGCAGCUGUGCAUCAACUACACCAACGAGAAGCUGCAGCAGCUGUUCAACCACACCAUGUUCAUCUUGGAGCAGGAGGAGUACCAGAGGGAAGGCAUCGAGUGGAGCUUCAUCGACUUCGGCCUGGACCUGCAGCCCUGCAUCGACCUCAUCGAGCGGCCGGCAAACCCACCCGGUGUUCUGGCCCUGCUAGAUGAGGAGUGUUGGUUCCCCAAGGCCACGGACAAGACGUUUGUGGAUAAGUUGGUCCAGGAACAGGGCACCCACCCAAAGUUCCAGAAGCCCAGGCAGCUGAAGGACAAGGCAGAUUUCUGCAUUAUACACUACGCUGGAAAGGUGGACUACAAGGCAGAUGAGUGGCUGAUGAAGAACAUGGACCCCCUCAAUGACAACGUGGCCACACUCCUGCACCAGUCGACGGACAAGUUUGUGGCAGAGCUCUGGAAGGACGUGGACCGUAUAGUCGGCCUGGAUCAGGUAGCUGGGAUGAAUGAGACCACCUUUGGCGCCACCUACAAGACCAAGAAGGGCAUGUUCCGCACGGUGGGCCAGCUGUACAAGGAGUCCCUCACCAAGCUGAUGGCCACACUGAGGAACACCAACCCCAACUUCGUCCGCUGCAUCAUUCCUAACCAUGAGAAGAGGGCAGGUAAACUGGACCCCCACCUGGUUCUGGACCAGCUAAGAUGCAAUGGUGUUCUGGAGGGAAUCCGUAUCUGCCGACAGGGCUUCCCCAAUCGGAUAGUCUUCCAGGAGUUCAGACAGAGAUAUGAGAUACUCACCCCUAAUGCCAUCCCAAAAGGAUUCAUGGAUGGUAAACAAGCUUGUGAGAGGAUGAUCCGAGCUCUGGAGCUGGACCCAAACCUCUUCAGGAUCGGACAGAGCAAGAUCUUCUUCCGGGCUGGAGUUCUGGCCCACCUGGAGGAGGAGCGGGACCUAAAGAUUACAGACAUUAUCAUCUACUUCCAGUCUGUCUGUCGUGGCUUCCUGGCCCGAAAAGCCUUCGCUAAAAAGCAGCAGCAGCUCAGUGCCCUGAAGGUCCUGCAGAGGAACUGCGCAGCCUACCUGAAGCUGAGACACUGGCAGUGGUGGCGCCUCUUCACCAAGGUGAAACCUCUGCUCCAAGUGACCAGGCAGGAGGAGGAGAUGCAGGCCAAGGAUGAGGAGUUGGUCAAGGUGAAGGAGAAGCAGAUGAAGGUGGAGAACGAGCUGCUAGAUAUGGAGAGAAAACAUCAACAGGUUGUGGAGGAGAAGAACAUCCUGGCAGAGCAGCUGCAGGCAGAGACUGAGCUGUUUGCAGAGGCUGAGGAGAUGCGAGCGCGGCUAGCUGCCAAGAAGCAGGAGCUGGAGGAGAUCCUGCAUGACCUGGAGGCCCGUGUGGAGGAGGAGGAGGAACGCAACCAGAGCAUGCAGAAUGAGAAGAAGAAGAUGCAGGCGCACAUCCAGGAUCUGGAAGAACAGCUGGAUGAGGAGGAAGCUGCCAGGCAGAAGCUGCAGCUGGAGAAAGUGACUGCUGAAGCCAAGAUCAAGAAGAUGGAGGAGGACAUCCUGCUUUUGGAGGACCAGAACUCCAAGUACACAAAGGAGAAGAAACUUCUAGACGAUCGCGUCAAUGAGAUGACUUCCCAGCUGACUGAGGAGGAAGAGAAAGCCAAGAACCUUAGCAAGUUAAAGAACAAGCAGGAGAUGAUGAUGGUAGAUUUGGAAGAGCGCCUCAAGAAGGAGGAGAAGACGCGCCAGGAGCUGGAGAAGGCUAAGAGGAAACUGGAUGCAGAGACCACUGAUCUCCAGGACCAGAUUGCUGAGCUGCAGGCCCAAAUAGAGGAGCUGAAGAUCCAGCUGGCCAAGAAGGAGGAGGAGCUACAGGCCGCACUGGCCAGAGGUGACGAGGAGGUCGCCCAGAAGAACAAUGCCCUGAAGCAGGUGCGUGAGCUGCAGGCCCAGCUCGCUGAGCUGCAGGAGGACCUGGAGACCGAGAAGAUGGCCAGGAACAAGGCCGAGAAGCUUAAGAGGGACCUCAGCGAGGAGUUGGAGGCCUUGAAGACGGAGCUGGAGGACACGCUGGACACCACCGCUGCCCAGCAGGAACUCAGGACCAAGCGAGAGCAGGAGGUAGCAGAGCUGAAGAAAGCCAUCGAUGAGGAAACCAAGAACCACGAGUCCCAGAUCCAGGACAUGAGGCAGAGGCACUCAACUGCUCUGGAGGAGCUGUCAGAGCAGCUGGAGCAGGCCAAGAGGUUCAAAGGUAACCUGGAGAAGACCAAGCAGACCUUGGAGAGCGACAACAAGGAGCUGGGGAAUGAGGUGAAGGGGCUGCAGCAGGCCAAGGCCGAGUCGGAGCACAAGAGGAAGAAACUGGAGGCCCAGCUGCAGGAGUUUGUGGCCCGGGUCACCGAAGGCGAGCGGGCCAAGAGCGAGCUGGGAGAGCGCUCUCUCAAGCUGCAGAUGGAGUUGGACAACGUGUCAGCACUGCUUGAGGAUGCAGAAAAGAAGGGGAUCAAAAUGGCCAAGGAUGUGGCCAGUCUGGAAAGCCAGCUGCAGGACAACCAGGAGUUGCUUCAGGAGGAGACUCGUCAGAAGCUGAACCUCAGCAGCCGCAUCAGACAGUUGGAGGAGGAGAAGAGCAACCUGCAGGAGCAGCAGGAAGAGGAGGAGGAGGCGCGCAGGAACCUGGAGAAGCAGCUGGCCACUCUGCAGGCUCAGCUGACUGAGUCCAAGAAGAAACUGGAGGAUGAUGUUGGGACCAUGGAGGGACUGGAAGAAUUGAAAAAGAAGCUUCAAAAAGAUAUGGAGUUUACUAACCAGCGGCUGGAGGAGAAGGCCAUUGCCUUUGACAAGAUGGAGAAGACCAAAAAUAGGCUGCAGCAGGAGCUGGAUGACCUUCUGGUGGACCUGGACCACCAGAGGCAGAUAGUCCAGAACCUAGAGAAGAAGCAGAAAAAGUUUGACCAGAUGCUGGCCGAAGAAAAGAACAUCUCUGCACGCUAUGCAGAGGAGCGGGACCGGGCCGAGGCAGAAGCCCGGGAGAAGGAGACCAAGGCUCUGUCACUGGCCCGCGCGCUGGACGAGGCCCUGGAGUCCAAGGAGGAGUUUGAGAGACUGAACAAGCAGCUGCGCACAGAGAUGGAAGACCUCAUGAGCUCCAAAGAUGAUGUGGGGAAGAAUGUCCACGAACUGGAGAAGUCCAAGCGAACCCUAGAGCAGCAGGUGGAAGAGAUGCGCACCCAGCUAGAGGAGCUGGAGGAUGAGCUGCAGGCCACUGAGGAUGCCAAGCUGAGGCUGGAGGUCAACAUGCAGGCCAUGAAAGCCCAGUUUGAGAGAGACCUGCAAGCCAGAGAUGAGCAAAAUGAAGAAAAGAAGAGGAUGCUGGUCAAACAGGUACGGGAGAUGGAGGCCGAACUGGAGGAUGAGCGUAAGCAGAGAGCCCUGGCUGUGGCUGCCAAGAAGAAGAUGGAGAUGGACCUGAAGGACCUGGAAGCCCAAAUCGAGGCAGCUAACAAGUCUCGUGACGAAGCCAUUAAGCAGCUACGCAAACUCCAGGCCCAGAUGAAGGACUACCAGCGAGAGCUGGAGGAGGCCCGAACCUCACGCGAUGAGAUCUUUGCCCAGUCUAAGGAGAAUGAGAAGAAGCUCAAGAGUUUGGAAGCUGAGAUACUGCAGCUUCAAGAGGACCUAGCGGCAUCAGAGAGGGGUCGGCGCCAUGCAGAGCAGGAACGGGACGAGCUGGCUGAUGAGAUCUCCAACAGCGCCUCUGGAAAGUCAGCCUUGCUGGAUGAGAAGCGACGACUCGAGGCACGAAUCGCGCAGCUGGAGGAGGAGCUGGAGGAGGAGCAGAGCAACAUGGAGCUACUCAAUGACCGCUUCCGCAAGACCACCAUGCAGGUGGAUACCCUGAACACAGAGCUAGCAGGAGAACGUAGUGCUGCCCAGAAAAGCGAGAAUGCCCGACAGCAGCUGGAGCGCCAGAACAAGGAGCUCAAGGCCAAACUGCAGGAGCUGGAGGGCUCCGUGAAGUCCAAGUUUAAGGCCACCAUCACUGCCCUGGAAGCCAAGAUCGCACAGCUGGAAGAGCAGUUAGAACAAGAGGCUAAGGAGAGAGCUGCAGCCAACAAGAUCGUGCGUCGCACAGAGAAGAAACUGAAGGAGGUGUUCAUGCAGGUGGAGGACGAGCGUCGCCACGCUGACCAGUACAAGGAGCAGAUGGAAAAAGCCAACGUCCGGAUAAAGCAGCUGAAGAGGCAGCUGGAGGAGGCGGAGGAGGAGGCCACCCGCGCCAACGCCUCCCGCCGGAAACUGCAGCGGGAGCUGGAGGACGCCGUGGAGGCCAUUGAGGCCCUGACCCGUGAAGUCAACACCCUGAAGAACCGCUUGAGACGAGGCCCCAUCACCUUCUCCACCGGUCGUUCUGGACGUCGGCAGCUCCAGCUAGAGGGCGCCUCAAUGGAACUCUCGGACGACGACGUGGACGGCAAGGCCGGUGACCUCAACGAAACACAAGCCGGCCAGCCCGAGUAGUGGUGUCGUCCCAGUCAGCCAGCAUGCAACAGCGCCUCAGUCGUGCCCCUACCCCUCCCCCUUCGUCCAAGACGCCAGCACCGCAGGGAGCCCUCAAACCCCAAAGUGGGCGGGGGGGCCAUAACUCUGCCUUACUCUACCCUGGCAAGCUGCAAGGCUGAGCACAUCAUUCAUCUCUUGCGUCUUAAUAUAGCUGUAGCCUUGACGUAAUGUAUUCUGCUUAAGAAAAUGAUAGGUACAAGUGCAUUUUUACAUAUGAGCGUGUGUUUAUAUAUGGGAGCUUAAAUCCUGUGCACAUUCACUCAGACACCCAAUAUGAGGAAUGAUUUUGUUCCCCUCAGAUAAUAUAAAGCCAUUUCCUGGCUAUCAAAGCCUGAUGGAUGCUGUCCUUAAGCUGAACGAUAGUCCUACUCAAAGACCAACUUACAGCUGCAUUCUCAGCUGUUUUCAUCUCAAACAUUUCUUCUCGUGUACAGAAUUUAACUUUUAAGAUACAACAAAAAAAUCUGAGUUGUGUUUCUGAAAUGGACUGGAAAAUUCAAACUGUGAACCCAUUGGAUUUUUUUUUCCAUAAAUUCAAUUAAAGUGAAAUUGCUCAAGCGACGGUAUAUUUCUAAACGGCUUAAGUCCACUUUGGUUUUGACGAGAAGCUAUUUUUUGCAGGGUUCUGGGAGGAGGUCUAGUUUACUGGAAUCGGUAGGGAGGAACAGUGAAAAUGUCAUGGUCAUUAGCUCUGAACUGCACGUUCUAUAGGCUGACAUGAAUCUGGUUAGAAACUGGAAAUGUGUCCUGUGGAUGGAAUGGGUCCCCUUCACGUUACGAGUCAUCUCAAAAUCAUGACGCAAAAUCUCCAAGUAGAAUUAUCGGCUCCUGGCUGAUAAGUGGAAAGUCGGGGGUAGGUGCGGGCGCAGAAUAGAGUCUACUCAGCCGUUUGCGUUUGUGCCUAGUGAAGCAUCCUGCCACUGGGGACCAAGGGUCCACAGCGUCCUGGUCCGUCACACGCAAACCGGUCUCGGAGAAACGGGGUUUUCCUGUUUAGCUCACGAGGCUUUUGAGUUACACCUCGAAGUGCAGUAUGAACACACUGCAGCCGCCACAGUGUUACGCCAGAGUUAAUAUCCAUCCGUACUAUUAUACUUUUUUCCAGUAUUAAAAAAAAAGGAUAAUGUAUGAAAUUGAAACUCCUAUUUAGUGCCUUAGACACUAUAUAAGAAAGCAUCUAUGGGGAGAAGCAUGCGUGUGUGUGUGCGCGCAUAUAUUUAUAUGCUCUCACAUGCAAAUUUAAACACUACGUGUAUGUCAACUAACAUUAAGCAAAACUGGCAGGAUCUACAUAACCCCCCUUUUGUGUUUUUUUUUGCUGUGCUUCAUAUUAUAUACAGUAUGUACCUCCCUCUAUUGAUCGGAUAGAUAGUAUGUGAAUAUGAAUCAGUGUUAUUAACUGUAUGAAAUGUUGGGCCUUCUGCCUCUGGGCGGGAAGUGUUAUGGUGUCAUUUGGUUAAAAGCUUUAACAUCCAUGACGUAGUUACUAUUGGACUGGCUGUUGACAACCAGAUAAACUGCAAAUAUCUCAUUUCUUGGAUACCUGUAUUUCUAGACAAUGAUUUUUGUAAAAGAAAAUAAACAUAUUCAUUAUAGAAACCGUG